AUGAUCCCUCUGUUGAGGUCUAAGCGGCCUCUGAACCUCGCGGCUUUGCGGAGUUCCCUCGGAGUCCCGUGUGCCUGGAAACAUACUGGAAAUGCUCGGACACUCGCGAUUCGACGGGAGGACCAGUCUGUCUGGGAAAGACGCGCCCCCCUCGGACCCGAACACGUCCGUAAACUCACGAAAGCCGGCGUCAGAGUUCUCAUUCAGCCCUCGAAUCGACGAGCGUAUCCUCUGCAGAGCUACGUACAUGCAGGAGCCGUGGUCCAAGAGGAUAUUAGUGAAGCUCCGGUCAUAAUCGGCGUUAAGCAGGUCCCGGUCGAUCAGCUGUAUCCGAAUAAAACCUACUGUUUCUUCUCGCAUACCAUCAAAGGUCAGGAGGCUAACAUGCCCUUGCUGGACGCUUGUAUAGAAAGGAACGUCCGUCUGAUCGACUACGAGCGCAUGUGCGACGAAAAGGGGCAGCGCGUGGUCGCUUUCGGGAAAUAUGCCGGAAAAGCUGGCAUGAUAAAUAUCCUGCACGGUCUCGGUCUCCGACUCCUGGCCCUCGGUCAUCACACGCCGUUCAUGCACAUCGGCCCAGCGCACAACUACCGGAACAGCGGUAUGGGCAUGCAGGCUGUUCGCGAUGCGGGUUAUGAAAUCGCCCUGGGCAUGAUGCCCCGUUCGAUCGGACCCCUCUCGAUUGUGUUCACAGGAUCUGGGAACGUGUCGCAGGGCGCCCAAGAGGUUUUCCAAGAGCUCCCAUUCGAAUACGUCGAUUCGAAGGAUCUGGCAGAAGUAGCGAAAGCCGGAUCCAUAAACAAAGUCUACGGAGCCGUUGUUAGCCGAGAGGAUCACUGGAAGCGCGUCAGCGACGGAGGCUUCGAUUACAAGGAAUGCGAAGAGUUCCCGGAGAGAUACUACUCUGCAUUCGCGAAAGAUAUUGCACCAUACGCCUCGGUCAUUGUGAACGGUAUCUACUGGGCAGUCAAUUCGCCAAAGUUGGUAACGAUACCAGACGCGAAACGAAUCCUCCAACCCACGUACACGCCAUGGCUACCAUCGUCUGAGGGAUCGCCUUCGCUGCCGCAUAGGCUCCUCGCUAUUUGCGAUAUUUCUGCCGAUCCCGGAGGCUCCAUCGAGUUCAUGACGGAGUGCACAACAAUUGACUACCCCUUCUGUCUCUACGAUGCUGACCAGCACCGGAGUCGAGAGAGUUUCUCCGGACCCGGAGUACUCGUUUGCUCGAUUGACAACAUGCCUACACAGCUCCCGCUUGAGGCCACCGAUUACUUCGGGUACCUUUUGAUGCCCUAUAUUUGGGAAAUCGUCAACUCCGACGCCGAACAAGCCCUCGACGAAUCUAAGAUGUCUCACGUGGUCAGGAACGCCAUCAUAACGAGCAAUGGCUCCCUGACAGAUAACUAUGAGUACAUCGCGGAAUUGAGACAAACAUCAAACGUUCUCUCACGAGCUACUUGUUAUUUCAAUUCAAGGUCAAUGAAGAAAGUCACGACUUCUACGAAGCCUCAGAAGAAAGUUGUGGUGCUCGGCGCCGGCUAUGUAUCUGCUCCUCUGGUGGAGUACCUUUGCCGAGAUGAGAACGUUCAGGUCACCGUGGCUUCGGCGAUCCAGAAGGAAGCAGAAGAUCUAGCGGCGAAAUACUCCAACGCCGACUACACGGUCGUCGACGUUUAUGAAUCGGUCAGCGGUCUAUCGAAUCAAAUCAAGGACAGUGAUCUCGUCAUUUCGUUGCUUCCCUACUCCUUACACGCGAAAAUCGCUGAAUUGUGCAUAGAACACCAGACAAACAUGGUCACGGCCUCCUACCUACUACCCGAGCUACGUGAACUCCAUCACGAAGCUGUUAAGGCGAACAUCACGGUCAUGAACGAAAUCGGCUUGGAUCCUGGAAUCGAUCAUCUGCUCGCGAUGGAGUGUUUCGACGAGGUCCGAUUGAAUGGCGGUAAAAUAACUUCUUUCGUCUCGUACUGCGGAGGUCUCCCGGCUCCCGAACACUGCGACAAUCCGCUACGGUACAAGUUCAGCUGGAGCCCCCGUUCAGCGCUCAUCGGAACGAUGGGCUGGGCGCGGUACCUACGGGACGGCCAAGUGUACGAAAUUGCCAGCGGCGGUUCCCUGUUGGACAACGUCCAUAAUAUCGACUUUCUGCCUGGGUUCGCCCUUGAGGGAUACCCUAACAGGGAUUCCACUAUCUACAAGGACACUUACGGAAUCAGCAACGCCGCCACCGUUCUCCGAGGAACACUCCGCUACAAAGGUUUCUGCAAUGUCACGAAAGGUCUCCAUAUGAUGGGUCUGUUCAGCGAUGACCCCCAUCCGUCCCUACACAACCGAGGACCUGAAAUUACUUGGAAACAAUUCCUGUGCAACUUGAUGGGACAGCAAGAAGAUCUUCUCACGAGCAACGUGAAAAACCUGAUUUUUGAAAAUGUUGGACGAGACUCUCAGCGCGUGGAAGCUCUCGAUAAACUCGGAUUACUCUCGGACACUCCAAUCGACAAGAAGAACACCCCUAUGGAUACCUUGACUCAUUAUUUAUCGAAGAAACUCUCCUUCCAGCCUGGGGAGCGUGAUCUAGUCAUACUAAGGCAUGACAUCGGCAUCGAAUGGUUGGACGGACAACGAGAGAUGCGCCAUGUCAAUAUGGUAGCUUAUGGAGACCCGAGUGGAUAUUCAGCGAUGGCGAAAACUGUGGGCUACCCGUGCGCCAUCGCCUCGAAAAUGAUACUUGAGGGCGAGAUCCAGCAGAAGGGAAUGAUCCUACCGUUGGCGAGCGAGAUCUACAAGCCCAUCCUGAAGCGAUUGAGGGUCGAGGGAAUCACGUACGAGGAAUCCACAACGAAGCUGAACUGAGCCGAACCAGACGAAAAGCCCGUCGCGGUUUAUUCUAGAAACUCCGUCCACUUGCUGCCCUCAUGUGGUCGACUGGCUCGAUUUGAUCUCUUUAAACUCAAGUUUCUUGUAAAUAGCUCUCAUAUGAUGCAUGCGCAUAUUUUGUAUCGUCUGAAAGAAAAGCGGGGGUA